GAAAUUUCCCAUACUCUUCAGGUGUAGAAUGCUACUACUCGAUCCGGAAGCAUUAUGACGUAUAACGAGACGUAUCGGUCAUUUCUGAAUAUUGUCUGUAAAAAUCUGAAUCUACCCGAACCAACCCGGGUGAUAGAUGACUUCUUGGGUCGCGACCAAGGAAACUGCAAACUUCUUAAAGACCUGCUAGGGGAAAUACUGCCAAGCACCUUGGAUGUUUAUUCACAAUCGGUCGGCAUUGCGUUCUAUAAAGUCACUGUGAACGACCGUCGCCUGUUUCGCAUACCAGUUAUCAAUGGGACCACCGUACUGCGUCGACAACGCACGCCAAACGCUUCAGUCCAAGGAUCAACGAAAACGCCGUCUGAAGCCGGGCCAUUUACCUUCCUUGGGGUGUCCGAAGCGGGAGCACAGACUCGAGCGUCGGCUGCCGUCGACUUGGAACGCCAGAACAUCACAAAAACCUUGUCGCUACGUGAGUCGAUGGCUAGUUCACAAGGGAUGACAAUCACAACGGUCAGCGGAGAGACCGAAGUCGCCGGUGGGGGAGUUGUGCCGAAUCAGUUCCUGCUUGUGGCACGAACAUAUCCCCGCGAAUGCCUUUUCGCUAGAUCACUUACCAUAAAUAACUGGGACGACGAACUGGAUGAGCACGUGCCGUACUUCAUUGCCAUCCGUUCUAACACGGGACAGCCCAUGCCCAGGAUUAAGUACCACAGUGAUCCUAUGCAACUCUUCCCCGUCAACGUGACCAUAGCCUACAUUCGAGGAUCCAUGUUGGACUGUGCUCGCCGUCUAUUUGCCUCGGUCUACAUGCGUAUGUUGGCGUAUUACACGCAACGAAAAGAGAUUUACACCCACGGAGAAGAUAGUACGACACCGAAGCCAUUGUCAAAGAACAGGCAAGCGCGUAAUACUGGGGCUAUUGUGGGUUCCCUAGCGAAAUCUGGUUACAGGGGAGCAGAGGAAAGUGCCCACAGCACAGAGGACUCCUCCACACACCCCUCCAAAAGUGGACAAAGUCUGACGGGGCGGAGCGGACCGUACGGCGGCGGUGUGGAGGACUCACAGCGACUACGUGAUGAAUUCAGCGUGACACUUUUCAAGUUUAGUUCGGUUUUGGAAGAGACCAUUCAUGCACUCCAGGGUGUGUUUAAUUUGGAAGAGCCAGAUUUUAUGCCAUCGGAGAACUACGUGAUCGACCCGUCGCGAGAUUACUUGAUGAUACCUCAGCUGUCUCGGUUGUUGAAGACAUGGGAUGACCAAAUCGACGCGGUCCUCGCUGCAUUGGAUCAGCCCAGACCUAUCAGCUCCGGGCCGCUGGACGAAGUGGACUACUGGCGCUAUCGUUGCAAGGUGUUGACCGCAGUGUCCGAAGCGCUGCGUAGUAAGACCGCCCGGUGGGUGAUGCAAGCGUGGACAGUGUUGAAUCCAGACGCACCGCCCUAUGGUCGUGGAUCCGAGAUCAAGGCACAAAUGCUCGAGGCCAAAGACAACUCGCGCUUUCUUCUACUUGUGGAAAGACACUUCAAAAACCUGCAGUUUGGGCCAAGCUUUGAAACGGUUGCGGAUACAAUCCCUGCUAUGGUCCAAUCCCUUCGGCUCAUCUGGACCAUAUCUCGCGGAUACAACAAGGACGAGAGAAUGGGACCAUUGUUACAACGCAUUGCAUGGGCCUUGUGUGAUCGCGUGAUUUGCGUGUUGGAAGUACGGCACCUGUUCAGCCGCUCCAUCAGAAGUAUCAUGCGCGAAGUGCAAGCGGCCAUCCGCAUGCUCACGGUGUUUGAAACCACAUACCUACAGGAACGACAACGCGUGGAGGCGACUUCGCAAGAUAACCGCUGGGAGUUUGAUCGUAAACUGCUAUUUGGAGACAUUCAUUACAUGAAGCGCAUCUUGACGGACAUUUUUGAGAUGGUUAAAUGUGCCAACGAAUUUUACCACAUGUUUGGCCCCGAACUGAAAAACAUCACAGGAGAUAACAAAACACUGAGUGAAGUAUUGCGCCUUGUGGAUCAGCUGUUCACCGCAAUGAAAAGUCAGGACCUUCCAUGUCCCUAUCUGCCAAAAAAUGAAAAGGCGUGGUUAAAAGUGAAGAAAGAAUUCGAGGACAGCGCGUCAAUGAUUGAUGCCAAAGCGAAAAACUUUAUUAAUGAUUAUUUUGCCCACAUUCGGGGACCCACCUCCGCUUUCGACUUGCUGGAGAAAUUCAAAUCGGUAAAAGCGCGGGCCGCCAUCAGCUGUCUGUUGAAAGACAAAUACCGAGAUGUGCUUCGGAGUUUUGGAAAUGAGCUGGUCAUGGUCGAUCUGAAGUUCAAGGAAUCGAAAGAUUCACCCCCGGUGGCACAUUAUUUGCCACCAACUGCCGGUUGCAUCUCCUGGGCACGCCUUAUUCUCUCCACUGUGAAAGCCAGUAUACUCCGAUUUUUGCAGUCACAGGCGGAUGUUCUAGAGGAGGAAGAAGGCAAAGCUGUCAAAGCUCGGUACAUCGGUUUGGCAGAGGAAUUGCGCAAAUACGAAAAGACCCGUCAUCGCAACUGGGAGACAGAGGUGAACACCAUUGCCAAUCUGCGCCUUGGUCAACCAGUCCUGUUCAAACAUACUUCACAAAUUCCGUAUGACCAGACUGUUCGAGCAAUCUACCCGCCUCCGACUUGGUGGGCUGGUGCAAGAGGAGAAACAGGAACCAUUUUGGUAGCACCUCCUCCCCCACAAGCCCAACUGCUGCGACAAGUUACACGGGAUCAAGCUCCUGGACAGAGUUUAGUGAGAAGAAUGUCGUCUAGUCACAUGCAACGCACCCGCGUCUCUGCGGUGUCAUGGACAAGUCAAGGCGAACGAACUUCCUUGGGCACGACCCCACUAAUUCCUGAAGGCUACCUACCUGUGUACGAGGUAAACUUCGACUCAAAGUUGUGGACGGUAAUCCAGGAAACAGCGCGACUUGAGUUACUCGGACUGCCUCUGCCCGAAAUUGGUCGCUUCCUCGGGUUGCGGUACACAUAUUACCAAAAUAUGGUGCUACAUUUACAAAGCAUGGUUGAUCGAUAUGAAGCGAUACGAGUUCAGCUUGAUCCUCUGAAGGUCAACCUAAUGGAAACCGGUUUGAAAAACCUGAUAAACACAAUCGAUCGCGGUGUGUACUACUUAAACUGGGAUAGUCUAGUAGUAGAUGAAUAUUUGGAAUUUUGUGACAGGGUGAGUGAGGAUUCUAUUGUUUUGUGCGAAAGUACGUUUCAUUUCGAUUUUUCUGCAUCAUAAACAAGUAUUUUGCGCAAAAAUAUUUGCACAAAAUGAAUCCAGGUGAAUAACAGUACUAAAGCCUCUGUUCACUUAAAGUUUGUUGCUUUUACGUGGCGAGGUCAUUUAUAUGCGACCAUAUUUAAUGUUCAUGGGACACUAGAUGGAUUGACAUUAAUUUUACUAUUUGCAACCACGCCAAGUACGGCCCACUGUUUCUUCCCUUCAUACACAGGUAAAGAAUUUGGUUCC